AUGCUCCUCACAGCCUUAGCGCUCACAGCGCUACCCAUCCCCAUCCUGGCCACAAUCUACCCAACGCGCUUUAACGGCACCACAUGGGAUGACACGACCUGGACCCUCACGACCACUGCCCUCGACGCGCACCACUACCAAUCCCGCGCCUCCCUCGCCAACGGCUACCUGGGCAUCAACCUCGCGGCCGUCGGGCCCUUUUUCGACGUCGACGUGCCCGUAAACGGGGACAACAUCCAGGGCUGGCCGCUGUUUGACAGAAGACAGAGUUUCGCGACGAUCAGCGGGUUUUGGGACUCGCAGCCGACGACGAAUGGGACGAAUUUCGAGUGGUUGAAUCAGUAUGGUGGGGAGAGUGUCAUUAGUGGGGUGCCGCAUUGGGGCGGGUUGGUGCUGCGGGUUGGGGAUUCGGUGCUCGAUGCGAGUGUGGAUGGGGAUGAGAUUGCGGAUUUCAGUUCGAGUCUGGAUGUGAGGCGGGGUGUGAUGUUUUGGAAUUAUACGUGGACGCCGGAGGGGUUCGAGGGGGGGAUUGAUGUGCGGUAUACGCUGUUUGUGCAUAAGUUGCUUGUGAACACGGCCGUUGUGAGGGUGGAGUUGACGGCGCGGGAGACGGAUGUCAAUGUCACGGUGGUGGAUCUGCUGGAGGGGGAUUGUGCUGUGCGGACGGAGUUUGCGGGGAAAGGGUACUAUGAUGCGUGGGCAAUGAUUUGGAGUGCGGUGAGACCUGCUGGGUUGGGGAAUGUCACGGCUUAUAUUGCGUCGGCGUUGGUCGGGGAUGAAAGUUGUGAUACUGCGAGUCGGGUGCAGGUCCAAGAGGAUGAGCUUCCGGGAGGGAGUGGCAAUGCUUCCACGAUUGCGCAGGCUGUGACGGUCGCUCUGACUGCGGGACGGACGUCGACGGUCACGAAGUAUGUCGGCGGUGCUUCGAGCGAUGCGUUCGAGAUGCCGCAUUCGACGGCUUUGAACGCCUCCUGGACCGGAGCGAAUGCUGGAUUCGAGGCGCUAUUCCGGUCGCACGUGGACGAGUGGAGGACUGUGAUGCCGGCGGACAGUGUCGACAGUUUCAGGGAUGUGAAUGGCUCUUUGCCGUUCGAUGAGAAUGUCCAGGAACUGCAGAUCACGGCCAUCACGAAUCCUUUCCAGCUGCUGCAGAACACUAUCAGCGAGAACGCCUUUAUCGCUGCUGGUAAUAACACGAGACUGCAGACCAACAGUAUCAGCGUGUGCGGUUUGGGUGGAUCCUGCUACGCCGGUCUCGUCUUCUGGGAUACCGAAGUCUGGAUGCAGCCCGGCCUCGUCGUGGCCUUCCCAGAAGCCGCGAAGCAAAUCGCCCAAUAUCGGGUCAAGCUCUACCCUCAAGCCCAAGCGAACAUCGACACGGCGUACCAGUCCAGCCAGAACGAAACGGGCAAGUUCUCUGAUGCAGCAGCCGCAUACCCCUGGACGAGCGGGAGGUUUGGAAACUGCACUGGAACGGGACCAUGUUUCGAUUACCAGUAUCAUCUGAAUGGCGAUAUUGGUCUGGAGUUUUACAACUACUGGACUGUUACUGGCGAUACGGAGUUUUUCCAGGGCGAGUUGUUCCCGAUCUAUGAGUCGAUUGCGAACCUGUACGCUGAGCUGGUGGACUUCAACGAGACGACGGGAUUGUACGAGCUGUACAACGGGACGGACCCAGAUGAAUACGCUAAUUUCCAGAACAACGUCGGGUUCACCAUGGUCCUCAUGUCCAGCCAUCUGAACAGCACCAAUGACCUGCGAGAACGCUUCGGCAUGGAGGCCAACGCCACCUGGACGAACAUCUCCUCGCACAUCACGAUUCCCGUGAACAACGACGCGAACAUCAUCCUCGAAUACGCCACGCAGAAUGGUAGCAUCACCGUCAAGCAGGCGGAUAUAGUGCUCAUCGACGACUUUCUGCAAUUCCCGAACCCUUACACGCUGAGCAAUCUGGACUACUACGCCAGCGCGCAGUCUCCUGAUGGGCCGGCGAUGACGUACGGGGUGUUCAGUAUUAUUGCGAAUCGGGAGAGUCCCUCGGGAUGCUCGUCGUAUACGUACGAUCUGUAUGGCUCGCAGCCGUAUACGAGGGGUCCGUGGUUCCAGUUCAGCGAGCAGCUGAUUGAUGACUGGUCUGUCAACGGUGGCACACAUCCUGCGUUUCCCUUUUUGACGGGAGUUGGGGGUGCGAAUCGUGUCGCGGUGUUUGGGUAUCUUGGUCUGCGUCUCAACCCGGAUACUCUCGACAUCGACCCCUCGCUACCGCCUCAGAUCCCGCAAUUGGAGUUCCGUACGAUUUACUGGAACGGAUGGCCCAUCAAGGCGUACUCAAACCAAACGCACACGACGCUGAGGAGACUGGGAACGCCCCUCUCGACUGCGAACAGCACCUUCGCGAACACUUCGAUCCCCGUCACAAUCUCCCUAACAGGCACCGAAGUCCUCGACCUCCCCAUCAACACCACCCUCACAAUCCCCAACCGCCAAAUCGGCACCAUCAAAACCACCCCGGGCAACCUCGCCCAAUGCCGCCCCAUCACCUCCCCAGACCCCUACGAACCGGGCCAAUUCCCCCUCUCCGCCAUCGACGGCGCCAUCUCCACCAAAUGGCAACCCACGCAAUCCAACCGCACCGCCUCCAUAACCGUCUCCCUCCCGCAACCCUUCGUCCCCAUAACCCGCAUAACCUUCGACUGGGCCCAAGCGCCCCCCACGUCCUACCGCGUCGCCUUCCACAACCUCUCCGACACCUCAUCCGUCCCGCCUCUGAACGUCACGAGCUCGGCGAACGUCACCGUUAGUGACCCCUUCGAUGAGGCGGAUCAGUUUAUUAUCCGGCCGUAUAGUUCUAACACGACGAAUGUGACGCUCGAAGGGGUGGUGUGGAGUGCGCGGUAUGCGACGUUGGAGAUUGAGGGGAAUUGGGCGACGGUGGGGACGGAGAAUGAGCGGAAUGGGACCGGAGCGACGGUCGCGGAGUGGGGGAUUGUGGCGAGGGAUGGGGAGGAUGUGGUGCGGAGGAAGGGGGUGGGGGUUUGGGAGGGGUGA